CACGAACAAGACACGUGACAUUAAACAGGAAGUAAAUAAACUGCCUUCCCGCGCACUGGGACCGACAGAACCGGCUCCGACGGACAAUCUCGACAACAUGGACGAGCUGUACUUGGAUAAUAUCGACGAGUUCGUCAACGACCACGACAAGAUAGUGACUUACAAAUGGCUGAGUCUCACACUUGGAGUCCAUGUCAACACCGCCAAACAAAUGCUCUUCCACUACCUGGAUCACAAGAGGAAGGAGAGUUCACCUCAGCUCCACGCCACCUACCUGGUCUCGGGGAAGUUUGUGGACAAGGGGCAACCGGGCCACACGGUGUCAGUUGUCAGAGAGGACCAGUUGGAAGACCUCAAAGCCAAGAUGAGCUUGAUCGUCAGCGUCCACGUCUACAGCGUCCAGAAAGCUCUGCUGAAGGACAGCGGGCCGCUCUACAGCGUCGACUACGACGCCGUCAAAGACAACCUGAAGAGCUGCAGCAGAUACAGUGCAAUCCGCUGUGCCGGCGCGGUGCCCAUGUCCACUCAGGAGCUGCAGCAGACAGAGAGAGAACCCCAGCGGGCUCCCUCACCGGAGCUGGCAGCAAAGAGAUCUGGCGAAUCUAAACCGGCUCCGAAACCGUCCACCAAACCACAGAGGGGCAUCAUGGGAAUGUUCGCGAACAAAGCCCCAGCCAAGAGCCAGGAGAGCGGCAAAGAGGUCAAGCCGGAACAGAGGGGAGAUGAACCCAUGGCUGUUGCCACCAAAAGCAAACCCGCUGCAAAAGCCAAUCCAGCGAUGAACUUCUUUGGGAAUCAGACGUCAAAGAAACCUGACAAAGCUGUGAAGGAGGAAGAAGCAGCAGCAGCAGCAGCAGCAGCAGCAGCAGCAGCAGCAGCAGCAGCAGUUCCGUCGUCCUGCGCCGCAGAGCAGCGACACCAGAGUUCACCGCCUGAAGAAAAACAGGAAGCUGCUGCUGCUGCGGCGGAGGAGGAGGAGGAGUCGCCGAAAGACGCAAAGAAAGAUUCCAGGAGCAAAACCAAACGAAUUGCGGAUUCCGACAGCGAGGAGGAAAAGAUGGAGAAGAAAAAGAGGCGAAGGAUCAAGAAACCUCAACCAGACAGCAGCGAUGAAGAUGUCAUUCCAGAUUCUCCACAGCAGAAGGAAACCAGAGAACCAUCACCGCGUCCUGAAAUGGAGGUCGAGUCUGUUUCACAUUCACAUCAGAGUCUCCCUGGAGCCAAAACGAGGAAGAGGAGACGAGUCCUGAAAGCUCGAACCUUUGUGGACGACGAAGGAUGCAUCGUGACGGAGAAAGGCUACGAGAGCGAAUCGUACUCCGAGGCGGAGGACGACGCGAAGGCCGCCAAACGAGCUCCCGCGGAUUUCAUCCCGGCGAAACCUCCAGCGGGUAGCAGGGAGGACGAGAAGAAGAAAAGUCAGAAGAAAACGUCUGCGAAUGCCAGUAAAGGAUCUAAACAAGCCUCCAUUAUGGGUUUUUUCCAGAAAAAAUAAAAAAGGGGGGGGGGGGGGGAGGAGCCGUCAGACGCGGCAGCAGCAAGCACAGCCACAGACUUUCAUGGUUUUAAUUGACUCUCAGCCGAAAAACACAUCGUACAGAAAACACACGGACGUGUCCAGUUCAGGACGGAAAAUAUGUUCGUUGUCAGUUAAAAAAAUGUGAAUAUUAAACUUACUUAAUAAACAUUGUUGGAAACUCAACGCAUA